CGGCUGCUGAUCUGUAAUAUUUUCCAGGAAGCGCCCAAAACACCGUUUUUAAUGACUUCGCAGCGUUUUAUUCACGAGCAAAUAUAAUCGAUCUGCGUCGCACUGUUGUUGUUUUUGCAUCUCUUUCUCGGAACUUUAAUCUCAUAGGGUUACGUGACAAUUCGCAAAUUGGAUUAGCUCUGACUUAAGCCUGUGUAAAAUAAUGGAUGUAGCCUCGCUGCUACGUAGCCAGUGCCGAUAGCAGGAACAUUGUUAUAAUACAUUAACGUUUUGACUUAUCUGCUUUUUUUAACUAACAUAUCGUUAAAAUAUCGCUUGUUAUCUAUCAGGAAUCAGACAUCCAGUGACUGAAGAGACGCUGUUCAGUUAAAAUGGAAAGUUACAACCAAAGGUUUGAAUCCUCCACAGGGAGAGACAGCAAACCUCACAAGAAGAAAGGUUUCCAUAGCAGCACGUCUGGGAUGGAUGAAGGAGACCGAAAACCAAAGUUUAACUUGGCCUUUAGAAACCUCACAGAUGAUGUGCUGGACAGAUUUGCAAGUAUUCGGAUUCCUGGCAGCAAAAAGGAACGUCCGCCUUUAACGCUCUCUAAACAGAACUCCAACGACUGCUCCACCGCUUCAGCCUCCACCCUCCAUCAUUUUGAGGAGCUCUCUUCGAAGAUCACUUCGGAAAAAGAGAUCCUGGCUUUGUUUGAAAAAAUGAUGGAGGACAUGAACUUGAAUGAGGAUAAAAAAGCACCUUUGAGGGAAAAAGACCUGAAUAUGAAGCGAGAAAUGGUCCUCCAGUAUGUUUUUGCUGCCUCAAAAACGGGGAGUGUGAAGAAAAGCCAUCAGAUAUCUCCUCAGGAAUUCCUCAGUGAGCUGAAGUCAGGAGUGAUGGACGAACGUCUCUUUGCCUGUCUAGACUCAUUGCGAGUGUCCCUGACAAGCAAACCUGUGAGCUGGGUGCAGAGCUUUGGGCAUGAGGGCCUUGGACUACUUCUGGACGUUUUGGAGAAGUUGCUGUUCAAGAAACAGCAGGAGAAGAUCGACAAAAAGAACCAACAUAAAGUUGUCCAGUGUCUUAAAGCCUUCAUGAAUAACAAGUAUGGCUUGGAUCGAAUCCUGGGGGAGGAGAAAAGCCUCGCUUUACUAGCAAGAGCCAUCGACCCCGGCCAGCCUGCCAUGAUGACCGAUGUUGUAAAGCUGCUGUCGGCCAUCUGCAUUGUUGGCGAGGAGAACACCUUGGAGAAAGUCCUUGAGGCCAUCACAAUAGCAGGGGAGUGGCGAGCCAUUGAGCGGUUCAGUCCAAUUGUGCAGGGACUUCGAGAUCGCUCCAUUCAGCUUCAAGUGGCAUGCAUGCAGCUCAUCAAUGCCCUUGUGACGUCCCCGGAUGAGCUGGACUUCAGGCUGCACAUUAGAAACGAAUUUAUGCGUUGUGGCCUCAAAGAGGUAUUGCCGCAACUGAUGAUCAUCAGGAAUGAUGCACUGGACAUUCAGCUGAAGGUCUUUGAGGAGCAUAAGGAGGAAGACAUGAUGGAGUUCGCUCAUAGACUGGAAGAUAUCAGGAGUGAAAUAGAUGAUGCGGGGGAUGUAUUCAGUAUUGUACUGAGCAUGGUGAAGGACACCAGUGCAGAGCCCUAUUUCCUCUCCAUCCUGCAGCACCUCAUGCUGAUACGCAACGAUCAUUUGAUCAGGCCCCAGUACUUUAAGAUAAUAGAUGAGUGCAUUUCUCAAAUUGUCCUGCACCGCAGCGGCAUAGAUCCCGACUUCAGUUACCGCAAGCGCCUAGACGUGGACUUCAGCCACCUUUUAGAAGUUUGUGUGGACAAAGCUCGUGUUGAUGAGUACGAACAAAGAGCUUUGGAGCUGGCACAGAAGUUCGAUGAAGAGUUUCUCAGCAGACAAGAGGCCCAAGCGCAGCUGGCUAAAUGUGAGGAGCAAAUCGCUGGACUCCAAGCAGAGCUACAGGCCUUCAGGUCUCAGUUUGGAUCAGUGCCUGUUAGUCUGGCCUCAGCCAAAGCUGGAACAGCUUCACCAUAUCAUGCAUCUGUACCUCCAAGCUCUGGUUCUGAAUCAGGGGUUAUGGCUCCCCCACCUCCUCCACCACCUCCUCCUCCUCCGCCGCCUCCUCCACAUGGAUGUCCUCCUGCCCCUCCUCUAUUUGGAGUCCCACCUCCACCUCCUCCGUUCUUUGGAGGUGGCUUUGGUUCCCCCACCCACCACACGCUGCCUUUUGGCCUCAAGCCGAAGAAAGAGUUCAAGCCUGAGACGUCAAUGAAGCGCUUCAACUGGUCAAAGAUUCGUCCCCAGGAAAUGUCAGAGGAUUGUUUCUGGGUGUUGGCUGAAGAGGACCAGUACGCCAAACCAGAACUGCUCAGUAGAGUCGCUCUUACUUUUGGUUCACAGAGAACAGAAACAAAAGCUAAAAAGGAGGAAGAUGAUCUGGAGGAUAAGAAAUCCAUAAAGAAGAGGAUUAAAGAGCUCAAGGUGCUCGAUCCCAAGAUUGCACAAAAUCUCUCAAUUUUCUUGGGUUCCUACCGCAUGCCUUAUCAGGAAAUCCGCCGCAUGAUAGUGGAAGUGGAUGAGGAGCAGCUCACUGAACCAAUGAUCCAGAACCUUGUAAAGCACCUCCCAGAGCAGGAGCAGCUGAACGCGUUGGCCAAAUAUAAAAACGAGUACUCGAACUUGUCAGAGCCUGAGCAGUUCGGGGUUGUGAUGAGCAGCAUGAAACGGCUGCGGCCUCGCCUUAGCCACAUCCUUUUCCGACUCCAGUUCGAGGAGCAAGUUAACAACCUGCGUCCAGAUAUCCUGGCAGUAAAUGCAGCGUGUGAAGAGGUCAGAAAGAGCCGUGCUUUUGGCCGCCUGCUGGAGCUGGUGCUGCUGCUGGGAAAUUACAUGAACGCAGGCUCUCGUAAUGCCCAGUCAUAUGGCUUUGACCUCAGCUCCCUUUGCAAGUUAAAAGACACAAAGUCUGCAGACCAGAAGACCACAUUGCUUCACUUCUUGGCAGAAGUGUGUGAGGAGCAGUUUCCUGAUGUCCUCAAGUUUGUUGACGAAUUGGAGCAUGUGGAUCGAGCAAGCAGAGUUUCUGCAGAGAAUCUGGAAAAGAGCCUGAGGCAGAUGGAGAAGCAGCUGCAGCAACUAGAGAGAGACCUGGAGACUUUUUCUUCCACCGAUGACCCGAACGACAUGUUCCUCACUAAAAUGGCUAGCUUCAGCAAAGUGGCACAGGAACAGUACGGAAAGCUUGUGAUCAUGCACAGCAAUAUGGAGACCAUGUACCAAAACCUACUGGAGUACUUUGCCGUGGAUCCCAAGAAGACGUCUGUGGAAGAGCUUUUCACCGACCUCAGCAACUUCCGCUCCAUGUUCGCUCAAGCACUGAAGGAGAACCAUAGGCAGAGGGAGUUGGAGGAGAAGCAGAGGAGAGCACGGGCCGCAAAGGAGAAGGCUGAGCGUGAAAAGCAGGAGAGACAGCAGAAGAAGAGGAGGUUACUGGAAGUCAGUGCAGAGAAUGAUGAGACAGGUGUGAUGGAUAGUUUGCUGGAAGCCCUGCAGUCUGGAGCUGCAUUCAGAGAGCGUAGGAAGAGAGUGCCGAGACCCAGAGAUAACUACCAGCAGACGAUCAGCCCCAGCUCCUUCCGCCAGGUUCUCAGGCCCGUUAACUAUGAAAACAACAAGGCACCUUUACAAAGGUCUCGCUCCCGGCAGUAUGUAAAUGCAGGCUCGGUGGCGGCGAAAGCUCCCCCUGCCAAGGAGGUGCGCAGCGAAUCUGAGGGCCAUCCAUCUGUCACUAAGGCCAAGGCUUCUGCCUGUUCUGAAGCAGGCCACAAGUACAAGCACACUCCGGGUCACAGCUGUGGGCUGGACAGAGACCAGGCAGAGGAGAGAGAGGUGGUCAAGCUGGCUGAGAAAAAGACGGAUGAGGUGGGGAAUCUUGCUUCCCUGUCUUCCUCCGCUGAGGAAAACGGAGAACCCGACGUGGAGGCUCUGCUGGCCAGACUCAGAGCGUUGUAAAACACGUCUUGAUCCGACAUUACAGAAGAGCAUGCAUUUCGCACAAAUAAAAUAUUGUCCUUGUAAAACAUUAUCUAAAGGGAGCAACAUUAAUAAGAGGAUGAUAGCCAUGAAACACCACAAUUAAAAAUAUGAAAGCUCUGAGUGUGGAGUACUUAAUACUUAAUGGAGUACUGAAAACUUAAUAAUUUCCAAAAAGAUGAAGUACAACAGUAUCCAGAUAAGUUCCUGCCAACAUGAUUUUUAUAUAAACAUCAAUUUUAGCUUGUGUGCUUAAAAAAGAGAAACUGCUCAGCAGUUCUACUGUAUACCUGACUGACGUAUGUAAUAUUGCAGAAAACCUCCAUAUAAGGGCUUUUUAUAUUCUUCUUCCUUAUUCCUCGCUUCUGAUUGCACAUUAGAUACUGUUGUUUUAUAUAACUAUACCUGUAUCAAUUAUAUUUGUUAAUUACAACUUUGUAUGCUUUAUGUUCUUUUAAAAUAUUUGUAUUUUCAUCCUCUGUUAUUUUGUUAUAUUUCAUAUUAAAAUAAUCUCUUUAAGUAUAAAUUUAUAUAACAAAUAAAGAAUAAAGCCAUUAUUAUACUUUAUUAAUAUAAAACCUGG